UCGUUCUGCCUCAGAUUUUGUUCUCCGCUUUUUUUCUGUCGUCGUUUUCAGAUCCAGCAGUUCUCUCUCUUACUGGUAGAGAUUGAGAUGGGGGUUUGGUCAUAGUGAUGUCCCAUGAUGUUGUCGACUAUUGUUUGUUUGGUUGGAGCUUCAAAAAGAGACUUGUCGUUGGGCUUUUCAUUCGGGGUUUGGGCCAUUUGAGCUUAGGGUUGUUUUCCGCAGUUCACGACAAAUCAGAAUCGCAAAUCUCCCAGAGUUCUGAUUCUCAAUCUGUCUUCGUGCUGAAACUCAGAUGUCGGCGAUGCUUCGGAGAAUGGCUCCUGCUUCUACUUCAGGUUUUGUUCACUCUCAUCUCUCCUCUUGUCUCUGCCGUCGUCUUAGGUUCAGCAGUUCUGUCUCUUAUAGGGAGAGAUUGAGGUCUGGGUUUGGUAAUAGUAAUGUGAAAGAUGCUGUUGAUGUAUUCGACCAGAUGGUUCGAUCUCGUCCCCUCCCUUCCAUUGUUGAUUUCAGUAAAUUACUAAGUGCAGUUGCCAAGAUGAAACGGUAUGAUAUCGUGAUUUCUCUUUGCAAGAGGAUGGAAUUACACGGGGUUUCACAUGGCAACUACAGUCUGAAUAUUCUUAUCAACUGUUUCUGCCGCUCACGUCAAGUGGGUUUGGGAUUUUCUGUUUUGGGGAAGAUCAUGAAAAUUGGUUAUGAGCCAAACGUAAUCACAUUUAACACUCUCAUCAAUGGAUUAUGUAUAGAGGGUAAGCUUUCCACGGCAUUAAGCUUGGUCGAACGAAUGGUAAAGGAUGGAUACACUCCUGAUGUCGUGACAUGUACCACCAUUGUCAACGGACUUUGUCUCCAAGGUAGAAUCCACGAGGCCGUCGUUUUAGUUGAUCAGAUGCCAAAGAAAGGCCAUCAGCCCAAUGUAAUCACUUAUGGUGCUAUUUUAAAUGGCAUUUGCAAGUCAGGAGAUUCCGCUCUAGCUUUAAAUUUUCUCAUCAAGAUGGAGGAAAGGCAUGUUGAGGUCAACGUCGUAGUUUAUAAUACGAUUAUAGAUUGUCUUUGCAAAGGUGGACGUGUAGACGAUGCGAUUAACCUUUUCAAAAAGAUGGAUGAUCGAGGAGUUGAGCCAGAUGUUGUUACAUACAACACUUUGAUAAACAAUCUUGGUUGUUACGGUAGAUGGACUGAUGUCGCACGAUUAUUGAAUGAUAUGAUCAAAAGGAAUAUCACUCCUAAUGUUGUCACUUUCACCGGAUUAAUUGAUAAUUUUGUCAAAGAGGGGAAGUUUCUAGAAGCCAGAGAACUUUACGAGCAGAUGGUCCAGAGAGGUCUGGUUCCGGAUACUAUCACUUAUAAUUCGUUGAUUGAUGGACUCUGCAUGCAGAAUCGCCUUGAUGAGGCGAAAAAAAUGUUUGAUUCUAUGGCUAACAAGGGAAGUCCUCCAGAUGUAGUGACUUUUAACGCUCUCAUAAAUGGAUACUGCAAGUACGGCAGGGUUGACCAGGGUAUGAAACUCUUUAGUGAGAUGUUUCAAAGAGGAGUUGUUGUUGAUACAUGUAUUUAUAAUUCUCUCAUCCAAGGGUUUUUUCGAGCAGGCAAUCUUGAUGCUGCCCGAAAACUUUUCCUAGAGAUGCAUUGUCAGGGUCAAUAUCCUGACCUUGUAACUUUCAAUGUCCUGUUUGAUGGGCUAUGCAAGAAUGGAAAGCUAGAAGAGGCAUUGUGUUUAUACAACAAGAUGGAAAAGAGUGGGAUGGACCUCGAUAUAAUCGCACAUAAUAUAAUCAUUCAUGGCUUGUGUAUGGAUGAUAGGGUUGAGGACGCGUUGCGAUUGUUUAAUGGGCUUUUGGAUAGAGGGGUGGAACCAAAUGUGAAAACAUAUACUGCAAUGAUUUCGGGACUUUGUAGAAAAGGUUUACUGGAUGAAGCCGAAAAGCUAUUUAGAGAGAUGGAAGUGGCUGGUUGUCUGCCAGAUGAUCGCGCAUACAAUGCGUUGAUUCAGGGUCAUCUCAGGAAUGGAUAUACAUCUAAGGGUAUCGAGCUUGUACGUGAAAUGCGUAGCUGUGGGUUCUCUGCGGAUGCAUCGACCACAGAGAUUAUUGUAGAUAUGAUAUGCGAUGGAAGAUUGGAUAAGAAGUUUAUGGAUUCUCGUCCAUAGUUGUUUGGUCUUAGCAGUAGGAUCUUGGUCUGUGUAACGGCAUAUCAUUUGAACAACAGGAGCGAUGCCUGCAAGUGAAUUGGAGACUUACCAGGCGAUUGGAUCCUUCUUCUUGGUAAGGAACAAUUGCUAUAUGAUUGUUUUUGAAUUCUCUUUCAUAAUGGUUUCUGUAAUGAUCCCUCCUCUGUUUGGUAAGGAGAAAUCGCUGUUCUUCUUACUACUAAUGUUCUUAUAAAUUGUCAUUAAUAUUUCGGAUAUUUUUGAAUCGAUCGUCGUGUAAUCAUCCAAAC